AUGGCAAAUUCAGGACGUACAGGCCAAAUUCAAUCUUUCCAGAAGUCUUUAGAGAAUGUACAAAGAACUCUCGGCACGAAUAAGUACGAUGAAGGACCUAUAUUAUUGCAGACUCGAUUUUUGUUAAUUGACUACUAUAACUUCGUCUGUGGACACAUUCUAUCCUCUUGGUUACGCAUUAAUUCAGAAGUAAUAACCUUAAAAGUAGCCAGACUCCAGCUUGUGAGAAAUAAGCAGUUAGACGUCCUGCGCGUGUUUGGGGACCAGGAAGUGACUGCCCAGAAGACGUUCACUUCCAUGCGCCUCCUUCAGGAGCAAAAGUCGGGAAGUUCAACCUUUUAUGAAAGACGUCGGCGUAGUGUGCCUGAGAAGAGUGAUCGGGGCUGCGAGUUUCUGGAUGAACAAGAACUGACGGAAGACACCCGUCGGGAGGCGCUACUGUGGGGCCUCAGGCGUGUGGCCGCCGCCCAAGACCUGUUGACAAUAUUUGCUAAAGUCUCUUCUGACAAACUGGCUGUCAGUCAAUACAGUAUCCCAUUCUAUACCAAACUUGCUGAAGAUGUUGCCUGUGCCUUCUCACAGGUUGACGAUGGUGGCAUAUUUUUGGAUCUAUAUAACGGAGAGUGGAAUAAGACAGUUAAUUCAUCAGUAUUAGACUUUCAUGUGAAUAUUACUAAUGUUACUGAAAAUAUUCAUAAAUAUAUAGACAAAGUGACUAAGCAGCUUAAUGGAAUCCACAUAGGAUGGCAUGAUAUCUUUAUGGAUUUUAGUGAUUCAAAGAAAAAUAUAAUAGCAUCUGAUGAAAGUCUAUUUAUUUUAGAUCUUUUAAUACUUUUAUUUAAAAAUAAUCAAAAUGGAUCAGAAACAGAAGAAUGUAAGUUAUAUUGUCCAGAAAUGUAUUCCCACACAUCGAUUCAUAAAAGAGGGGAGAACUGCAGGCUAGUUCUCUCCAUCGUCAGCCGAGCAUUGAAGAGAAUACAGAGAUAUCCUUCGAUAAUGGGAACAAUGAGGCAACUAUCGGGCAGUCAGGCCCGGGUGCUUGAGACGGUUGUUGUAGAAAACAAUUUAGGGAAACUUUUGGAUGCCAUUAGGAAAGAUGGUAAUUUUCGGGGUGACCUUAAUGCUUCUGUGCGAUGCGGAGUAUCUCCCGAGGCUCAGGAAGAACUUCAGGGUGUUUUAACGAUGUUAAGGGACUACAGAAAGGUCCUGAAAGAGGCCCGAGAUUUCUCCUUCAGUGAAAGAAACUCUGCUACACCAGAUAUUCCGAGCACGUCUGCGGAACUGACAACUUCGGCAGAUUUGGUUCGCCCUUUCAGCACUGUUAGCGAAGCAAUAGCCAGCACGGAAGAAGUGGUUGUAUCAUUUACUCCUGAACAGACAACUGUAUCAAAUGUCGUUGGAUUAACUGACUUUCCCAUAAAUAGAUCUGGUUUGUUAGGUGUAAACAGUCGUUCAUCUGAUGCAUUCUGGACUGUCCCUGGAAGAAAAGAGGAAAAGGUAACUAUCGCCGAUACUCUGAAAUUACUAGAAGAACUAAAAAUCUUAUGGCAGGGAAUGGUACAGAAGUCUGGCAAGAGCUCUGCCUCAAGAGACGUGCAAGAAACUUUAAUUUCCUCAGGAAAAGUAGAUGCAAUUAUAAAACAUCUUGAAGCACUAUAUUCGUGA